ACGUAUUAUAAUUAUUUAUUCCUUUUGUGCAUGUGUGUUUUUUAUUCCUAGUUUGUUGCCAGUCUCUGAUUGCGGUGAUAUCUGCCCACGCUAUCAAUGAAUGUCAUUAUGAUUAAUCAGUCUACCGCAUAGAUACUAGAAUUGUAAGCUAGCUAGCUGUUAGCUAUGUCAAGAAUUGGAAAGUGAAGUGUGUGAAUCAUGGUGGUUAUCGGAAGAUGCAUGUUACCAGGAGUGCAUGUCCUCAUGUUACAUGUGGCACUAAUCACAGUCGUGCUAAUAGUCGCAUCUAAAGCAGUUAGGAGUGAAUUUAUUCUUACUGUCAACUUCAUCAACUACACUAACCCAACCGGACUGUGUGCUGAAUGUGCUGUUCCACUGAGUCAUGUGGCAAGUGCUGACCAGCUAGUACCAGUGUGUUGUGAUGAUCAACCAUUCAGAAACACCAACUGUGACAACACAGGAGAGGGGAGAUGUGACACCAGGUUCCGUUGGACCAUCAGAUCAUUUGGUGCAUCACUAGAGACAAGACCCAGCAUGGGGUACAACUUCACAGACUGUACAAUAUCCUCCAGCACUUGCCCAUUCAGUGAAAUGAGCACAACAUUCGGUCAAGGUCCAACAGCACUACUGGGAGUAACACCCAAUCCUCUGCCUGUUUCAAGUACAGAUUUUACUAUGUGGAUGGGACGAAUCCAGUUUUUCAUAGAAGCAUUGGAUAGUGGACUCCCGAACAUAAUAGACAGUCUGUUGAUUGACCUGGACAACCUCCAACUUGGAGCAGACUUCACAGAGGAGAUGACGUUCACUGGAUACCACAACAUAUCUCACAUGACCAUGAGUUUCAGGGUCGAGUGCUCUCCUGGUUUCUGUGGACCUGACUGUUCCACCACACCUCAGAACAAUCCACAAGUGGCGACAUGUCGAACUGAUGGCACUCUAAGAUGUACUGAUAAUCGAUUAGACCCAGUCUCUAAUUGCACAGCCUGCCUUCUUGGAUACAAUAUUAACCAAAAUUGCUCAACAUGUAUCAGCGUCAACUAUAAUCCUGAUACAAAUUGCUCUUGUUCUAUGGGCACAAGGUAUGAUCGAUUGAAUAACUGUGAAUCAUGUGUGGACACAAACUUCAAUCCUUCUGAUGGUUGCUCAGCAUGUUUGUUGGAAUUCUACAACCCACAGACAAACUGCACCCAGUGCCUACCCAACAGAGAUCUCUCUACCAACUGCACCCAGUGUCUACCAGGCUGGGACAUCACCUCGGACUGUACUAGUUGCCUACCCAACAGAGACCCAGUCACCAACUGCUCCCUCUGCCUACAACCAGACAGGUUCACUGAUACAGACUGCAGUGUGUGUGCUCUACCAGGAGGGGACCCAGCAACACUCUGUCAAACAUGUUUAGCCACUAACUUUGACCCUACCACAAAUUGCUCUCAGUGCAUAGGCAAUCGCAAUCUCGGCUCCAGCUGCUCCACUUGUCUGCCUGGAUACGAUAGUAACCGUGACUGUGCAGUGUGUCUAUCUGGACGAAACAUAUCCAGAAGAUGUACCACCUGUCUGCCUGGAUUCACUGGAAGUAACUGUGAACUUGCAGCCUCUUCCGUUGAUGUUGGUCUUGUGGGUGGUAUAGCUGGUGGAGUGGGUGGAGCUCUCUUCCUGGUGAUCAUCGUCUUGGUGAUUGUUGUAUGUGUGCUCGUGUGUCAAGUUCGGAAAAGAAGUCACAUAAAAUUUAUUUCAGAUGAUGGAGCAGCUCGUACUGCUUACAAUGACGCUGGAACUGGAACUGGAACUGGAUCGUUAGCAGAACAUAAGUUUCUGAAUCCGAUAUAUGGCCCUGGAUUGGAAAUGGACUUAAAGACUGGAACAGGAUCAUCAGAUGAUCACGCAUUUACUAAUUCACUGUACGAGACCUCAAACGUGCGCACAGAAGAUGAUUACUCUCACCCUAGUGUCAACCCACCUUCACAUACGGUAAAAACAGGCACCCAGGAUCUCACGUCUACUCUCGAUGGACCAAUGUACGAUACAGCCAGCUAUCUUGAUGACAACCUGCCGAGAGAAAGCUCACCUGUUUACGACACAGCUGAUCAUACUCAUCGACCACCUCCUACCAACCCACAGGAUGAAGACUAUUCUAAACUGCGUCAACCUCCGGUAAUAAGCAUAACACCUUCUCUGGCUGACUAUGACACGGCCACAUUUAUCGAGCAGCCGGUCUAUGACGAAGCCUUCCCUCCUCCAGACGAUUCACUUUCUAAGAAGGGGACCAGGCAUCCAUCAAAGUCUGCUGGAGCUUAUGAAGAGAUUGACGAUGAUGAUAUCCGUGGGAGAGACGAGUACGAUACAACUUACCCCCCUCCUGCAGUUAUACCUAGUGUUAACAUGUACUCGAAACUGGGUAAGCAUGAAGCUGAGCUUCCUGCAUACGAUGUAGCGAAUAAUCAUUACCCAAAACAGGUGCAGCCUAAAGCUCCACCUCCUAAUGGAAGUCUGUACGAUACUGCCAAUUAUCCCCAAGAACAAGCAACUCGACCUGAACAUGAUUAUGCAGAAACUAGUGACUUUCUUCCUACUUCGAUAAAAUCUCUUCAUACUUUGAUGAAAGAGGAAACGUCUCAACGCACUUGUGAUUAUGCAGAUGCAAAUGAAUUCCUUUCUGGUUCCUCCUCUGUCAAACAUUCGUAUGACUACGUAGACAAUCCUAUAGAUGAUACGAAUGCAUUGCCCCCUGCAUUGGCCCCCCCUGGCUAGCUCUUUGUACACAAACACAACACGAACCUGGCCGAAUCUCAUGUGACCUAGGGCAGUGAGUGGACAUGUUCGUUUGUAUAUUUAUAAGGAAGUACGUGUCUGUUUGUGUGUUGCAUGUUGUACCUUCACUUUUGGUUCACUUGAAUUGUAAAGCUUUAUAAUCAUAAUAACCCAUUUCUUUUUACAC